CCUCAAUUUGCGAAAUUCGGUUUUCGCGGUAGGCCCACAGAACCUUGAAUGACAUUGAGCUGAACGAAAGUAACGAGACAUUUUUACGUGAUUCGUGUAUGCGUGUACUGGAACGUGAAACAGCAGAUCAGAAUCGUAGUAAUAUAUGUUUUGAUUUUUCUUUACAUAUAAAUUUACUAUCGUUCCUACAUUCUCAUUUGGAUUAGCAACCUUGUGUUUGAUAAAAAUUCGCGCCCCCGAAAUUAUUAUAUGCUCUUUGAUCAGAGUCAGCGACUGGGGGCCGGGCUGAAGGCAAAAUAAUAAAUAUUAUAUUUUAACGUAGUAUUCUAUUUUCUAUGAAUGAAUUACUUGGUUACUCAACUUCUGUUAAUUGAUUCAACAAUUCUUGUUUCUGUCGUUAAUUUACAAAGUAACUAAGUGGAGACUGAGCAUGAGCAUCACUCCAUUGUGAAGAUCUCGAUAUCUAAAGUACCGACCGAGUUUCAUUAACUCGUCUAUCAUCAGACAGGAAUGGAAGUGUGGGUGAAAGUGGAGCCCUCGUGCGAGGACGAGCUCGAAUUCGACUCCGACGGCCACGGGCAUGUCACAGAGGCCGGGCAGUCUUCAGAUACUAUGUCUGUACUGCACAAAAAAGAAGUUCGAAAUGCAAUGGAUGAAUCUGAGAAUUUUUUAGACAAAGAAAUUGAUUUUAUUGAGAAAACUAUAGAUAUAAAAGUAGAAAUAGAAAUGGAGGAAGAAAAUGUAGAUAAAAAGGAAGCUCCAGACAUUGAGGAUGGUCAAAAUACGAAGAAAGUAACAAUGGAUGUGAAGGCAGUGCCCACACUGGAGGAGCUGUAUGAGACCUGUGUGGUCAAGGAUGAGCUUGUGCUGGGCCCGGAGUCAGUGCAGGCGCCCCACAAGGCACGGCUGAGUGGUGAGUCGUCCAUGACUUUGAUUUUUCCUGUAACUUUUUCAGAUAAAUUUAAUGAUACUAGGAGCUAAUGUGUAGUGCCUGUAUUUUCUAGAAGAAUUUCAUAUCAGGAAAAUACCUAAUUAUAAACACUUCAUUCAUAACUAGUGGCUCUGUGAGCUGUAGACCUCGCGAUGAGCUUUGACUUCAUAGUGAACUCAAAAUUGAUCGCUUAAAUCCUGCCAAUUUCUGCCAUUUUUAGGGUUCCGUACCAAACAGGUACAAAAGGAACCCUUAUGGUGCGACCCUGCCCGUCCGUCUACAUCGCAAAAUAUCUCGAGAACCACUUAAGCUGUUGGUUUGAAAUUCGGAAUAGUUAUGAAUAACGCUAACCCAGACACAUUAAAACUACCUUUUUAGGGUUCCGUUUUUUGCCAUUUGGCUACGGCUAGAAUACAUCUACUUACCAAGUUUGAUCAGUAUAGCUCUUAUAGUUUCGGAAAAAAGUGGCUCUGACAUAAUCGGACAGACAGACGGACAUGACGAAUCUAUAAGGGUUCCGUUUUUUGCCAUUUGGCUACGGAACCCUAAUAAAAAGCAGCCAAGUGCGAGUCGGACUCGCCCAUGAAGGGUUCCGUACCAUUUUAUAACGUAUUAAAGAAAAACUACUAGAUUUUUUUAAAGACCUAUCCAUAGAUACCCCACACGUAUGGGUUUGAUGAAAAUAUUUUUUUUUUUUUUAAUUUUAUGACGUAUUAAAAAAAAACUACUUACUAGAUAGAUUGAUUUUAGUUCUAAGUAUGGGGAACCCCCAAAUUUUAUUGUUUUUUUUUCUAUUUUUGUGUGAAAAUCUUAAUGUGGUUCACAUAAUACAUCUACUUACCAAGUUCCAACAGUAUAGUUCUUAUAAUUUCGGAAAAAAGUGGCUGUGACAUAAACGGACAGAUAGACGGACAUGACGAAUCCAUAAGGGUUCCGGUUUUUGCCAUUUGCAAACCGUCAAAAGCAUGUCGGGCCAUGCUCAGUGUAGGGUUCCGUAGUUACUCUUCCGACAAAGAAGCAAAUUAGCAUAAUCACCCGGGCUAGCACAUAAUUGGCGCGACAGUAUCUCGCGGCGAGAUAAAUUACCCUUCCCUCUUUAGUCGGGUAGUCUAUCUCGCCGCGAGAUACCUACUAUCGAGCCAAUGAUGUGCUAGGCCUACUAAAGUAACAGACUUACUUGCAAUCGGACCCUGCAUGUGUAAAGAUAAAUAAAUAUCCCAUAGCGAACAACAUUUAGAUUGCUAUACAAAUAAAUAAAACACAUAUUUUAGCAAAGUGCAGCAAUUUUAAAAUGAUUUGGUUCAUUAAAGCAUGAAAAAGUAAAGUAUAACAAUAAGUCCUUGACAUAAUGCAUCGUGUAUACAUGAGUGCAAUCAACGAAUAUGAAUAUAAAAUUAGCGGGAUUGCCUCUUACUUUUUAAAGUUUACUCUUUCGUUCUAAAACUGCCAAUAGUCAACGGUUUUACUCAUACAGACAAUGAAACUGUUUUAGACAAAUUAAAUAUCAAUCAAAAAUAGAAUGAGUAAAAUAAGCCAAUUUUUAUUUUAAAUUUUAGCUUAUUUACAUGAAUAAUGCCAAAUAACUUUAACAACCCAUUUGAUGUCGUAAUAACAAUUUUUUUUUUUUUUUAUACUACGUCGGUGGCAAACAAGCAUGCGGCCUGCCUGAUGGUAAGCAGUCUCCGUAGCCUAUACACUUGCAACUCCAGAGGAGUUACAUGCGCGUUGCCGACCCUAACCCCACCCCCCUCGUUGAGCUCUGUCAACCUUACUCACCGGCAGGAACACAACACUAUGAGUAGGGUCAAGUGUUAUUUGGCUGCGGUUUUCUGUAAGGUGGAGGUACUUCCCCAGUUGGGCUCUGCUCUAGAUCUGGAAUGACAUCUGCUGUGCUGUGCCCAACCACACAAGGCGAGAUGACAUUCACAUUGCCCAUACCUCUCUUUUGGACGUAGUUUAAGGACAUACCCGGGUCCAAAUAACUAAUAACGUUUAACUGUGGAUGUACGUCUUUUUGCUAUGAAUGGGGAAACUUUUUGCGAUAACUCAAAAACAGCUAAACUGGUGCUGAGCUAAACUCACAAACACCGAUCCUAUGACAAGUCUUUUACUGUGUACUCUGUUAAAUUAUGGAAUUCCUUACCGUCUUCUCUUCGACGGUGUUAAUCGGUCGUAUCGCUAAAGGCGAAUUUAAAAAAGUUGUGAAAAAAGUGGCUUUCGGACGGAACUUAAUCAAAAAGAUGUGUGCGGUUAGGUAGUUUUGUAUAUAUUUCGACGACCGGUUUGGCCUAGUGGGUAGUGACAUUACCGGCAUUUAUUCUUGUGAUGAGCAUGGAUAUUUGUUCCUGAGUCAUGGGUGUUUUCUAUGUAUUUAAGUAUUUAUAAUUAUUUACAUAUUAUAUAUAUCGUUGUCUAAGUACCCUCAACACAAGCCUUAUUGAGCUUACUGUGGGACUUAGUCAAUUUGUGUAAUUAAUGUCCUAUAAUAUUUAUUUAUUUUUAAGUAAAGCAAAUAAACAGCAUUUGGGUGCCAUGACAAAAAGGCUAUAAUAAAAAAUAAAAAAAAUCCUAAGAAACCCGUUAAACAAAAUUUGAAAUAAAUCGGCUGAUACCAGUUUGGCUAAACAUGAUAAACGUUUCUCAUGCUGCCAGUCCCAUCUGCUUAAUUGUAUUUGUUUCAGAUGAACCGAGACUGUUUGCCUGUGGCCUGGACACCGCGGAGCAACUCAAAUAUGAGUGUGACAUUUGCGGCAAAGUAUAUCAACGAAAACAUUUCUUGGUUCAUCAUAUGAAGAUGCAUUCGAAAUAUAAAAAUAAGGUGUAUCCAUGUAAUAUAUGUAUAAAAGUGUUUUCAAAGCCGAGUGCUUUAAACAGACAUGAAUUAUCACACACUGGCGCAAAAAACUUUUCAUGUGAGACGUGUGAUAAACACUUCACUCAAAAGAGUAGUUUAAAGAUACAUAUACUCACACACACGGGGGAGAGGCCAUACGCCUGUGACAUGUGUCCAAAGCGGUACACACAAAAACAUUAUUUAAUUAUACAUAAACGAAAACAUACUGGAGAGACACCAUACUCCUGCGAAUAUUGCGAAAAGAAGUUUAGAGAUUCGGGGAGUUUGAUGUCGCACAUACGCGUCCACACUGAGAAAACUCACAGCGGCCAAAAACCUCAUGUCUGCAAAAUAUGUAAAAAGGGGUUUUCGAGAAUAAGCGUUUUAAACAGACAUGAACAAUUACACACCGGCAUAAAAAACUUUUCAUGUGAGGUGUGUAAUAAAAAGUUUACACAAAAAUGCCAUUUAAAGGAUCAUAAACUCACACAUACGGGGGAUAGACCUUACGCCUGCAAUAUGUGUUCAAUGCAAUUCAGAAGGUCAACUCAAUUAAUGAAACAUAAACGAUCACAUACUGGAGAGACACCGUACUCCUGCGAACGUUGCGAAAAGAAGAAGUUAAGAAGUUCGGGAAGUUUAGAAUCGCAAAAACGCAUCCACAACGGGGUAAAGGCGCAAUAUGCUUGCAACAUAUGCAACAAAACGUUUACGGGCAACUGGGCCCUGACGAGGCACCAACGAGUACACACGGGCGAAAAACCUUUUGUUUGUGAAAUAUGUAAAAAGGCUUAUAAGCAAGAUGCACACUUAAAAAUGCAUUCAAAAAUACACACUGGUGAUUGGUGAUAAAAUCACACUCAUCUUAGUGGUGUAAAACUAGGUAAAAAAAUCUUUAUUAGGGGGAAAAUGCAUUCCGCAUACCACCCGGGUGCGGGGGGGUCACCCGAGUGGUUAUGUGGGACUCCCGUCUAGGCUAAUGAAGCCCACGGUAAGUUGGAAGCAUUGCUUGAUUGUGAUUUAUUUUUCUGUAUUUGUAAAGUAAAAUGGAAAAUAACGAAAUCUGUUUGAGAAUUUUAUCGUUCGCUUUUAUUUACAUCCCAAUGUAAUGAUGAUGAUGUCCUCCUUGACGUAUCCGUCGACGGCGACAUUCUGACAAAUUAACCCUUUACCGCAUACGAAGCCAUAUGUGGCAGCUCUAUUGGCAGCUAUUAAAGUUCGAAUUUCAAGAAAUGUUUUUUUAUUACAUGCCUUUUACGAGCAGAAACUCCAUUCCCGGCAUAAAAUAUAAUAAAGCAUAGGAAAAUAUAAUAUAGCUUAACUAAUAUAGAUUUUUUUAAAGAAAUAUUUUCAGUAUAAAGCGAGUUGUCGUUGUGACUUUUAUUUUUAAAUUUGUGCCGUAAAACAGUAAGGUGUACCAUGUAGGAAGACUACCAUGUGCUAUAUUUAAAAAUAAAUGAAUCAAUAUAAAGUAAAUAUGCUUUUAAUUUUUCAUAAUAUAAUGUAUUUGGAACGAUAAAAGAAAUUACCUACUCUUACAUUAAUUUGACUAAUUAGUCGCUGUUAGUGUUAGCAAGUCUUAGUCGAAAUCCGAAAAGGUCAAAUUUGUAAAUGAAUUAUCAAGCUCUCAAUUUAAUAACUAUGGAUAGAUGAAAGCCAAUAUAAAAUUUAUCAUGUUACUUGAAUUACAUGUGUAAAUCCCGUUCAAAAUUGAAACUAAUUCCCGUUUUAAUAAGGUAUUAUUUUAAGUAUAGGCAAUGACCAUUGUCAAAAUUAGGACUACCGAAUUAUUGAGUAAGUACAUAAUCUGAGGCCGCUGUCGAAAAAAUAUUAAAUAUAAGGUUAACUUGAUAACUUUACCGCCGUCUCCAUGCUCUGCUUAGUUGGUUAUUGUCUUGGUUGACCAGACAAUAACAACCAACUAGGUAAUCAAAGCUAGUUUUUGCGAAAAGUGUGAGGACAGAGGGUAAAAUUUUGUAUGAAAAUAUGUAACUUUAAUGCAUUAUUUUGAAGUGAAAACUUCUUUAGCGGCGCUGUACACUUUGUGAUGGGGGAAAAAUGUUAAACUCGCGACAGGUCACGUGACCGACAGAUUCGUCAGAUUGAAAUUUCGUAAGACGGACACGUGACCUCAUCGAAAAACUGUUACAAUGUCAUUGAAGCCAGGAGACCGCCGGCGCGGCGUAGGAGAGGAAGUAUUGUAUUUUACCACAUACAUUUUAUACUAAUAAUCAAAGCAAUUCGUGCAAAAUUAUUCCCUAACCAUUCCAAAAUAUCAAAAAUGCACAACGUUAAUAUUCAAGUUUUCACUUCUGCCGGCACUCCCGGAGUGCAACCCGUUGUUUUUUUUUUGGAAGCUACUGCACUGCACGUGAAAUUAACUCAAUAUCAGUCUAUCGACUUAAUUUUUCAAGCUUUCUAAUGGAAUGGAAUCUUACAAAUGGAAAAUAAAUUCAGCUUACCCCUUUCAACCCCCUAAAUCCCCCCCCCCCCUAAUAUGCCGUUUUGACUUAUUCAGUGUUAGUGGUGGUAGUUGAUAUAACUGUUCCAAAUUUUAGGUAGGGUAUGUGACAUACCUAAAAUUUAGAACACGUAAAACCCCGGAUUUUAGAGUCCAGAACCCGGACAUGUCAACAGGUUUUUUUAAACAGGUUGUGUGUGUCAUGCGUGUGUCGCGGGUAGCCUAAGACUUUAAAUUUUUAAACCCGGACUACAAAUGAACGCUCCCCCGGAUGCCCUCUUAACUAGGACAAAUCCGGGGAAACCCAGACGGAUGGCAACCUUAGGUAUGUCAAACGGUCUCCAAGAAAAAAUCAUUUAACCGAUAUGCGAGACCGAAAAAAAGAGAAGAUAAAUUCUCCGU